AUGGCCGAGGUGGGCGGCUUCCUGGGCGCCCUGGACCCCGACCUGCAUGGCUUCCCCCCCGCGCUGGGCGCCGGGCUGCCCCUCGCCGACUCCCCCGGUUUCCUCAACGAGCGCCUGGGGCAGAUCGAGGGGCGGCUGCAGCGGGGCUCCCCCACCGACUUCGCUCACCUCAAGGGCAUCCUGAGGCGCCGGCAGCUCUACUGCCGCACCGGCUUCCACCUGGAGAUCUUCCCCAACGGCACGGCGCACGGUACACGGCAGGACCACAGCCGCUUCGGGAUUCUGGAGUUUAUCAGCCUGGCCGUGGGGCUGGUGAGCAUCCGUGGGGUGGACUCAGGACUCUACCUCGGCAUGAACGAGAGAGGCGAACUCUACGGGUCGAAGAAGCUCACCCGGGAGUGUGUUUUUCGCGAGCAGUUUGAAGAGAACUGGUACAACACGUACGCCUCCACCCUCUACAAGCACCCUGACUCAGAGAGGCAUUACUACGUGGCUCUGAACAAGGACGGCUCCCCUCGCGAGGGGUACAGGACUAAGAGACACCAGAAAUUCACCCAUUUCUUACCCAGGCCUGUGGACCCUGCCAAAAUCCCCGCCAUGUACAGAGACCUCUUCCACUACAGGUGAUGUUUCCUGCAGCUGCCCCGUCAGCGCACGCACGUGGUCUCCCGAGCUUCUUCCCCGAGCAUGGCACUCAUAGUCAUUCCACCGUUCCUGUAAGCAUAGACGACGUAGGAAAGCAUUUCCAUUGAGUUCAGACACUGCUGUUCCUCCUGGUUUCAGGCAUAUAUCGAACCUGGGUUAUUUAUGGGGCGGGGGUAGGGGACGGGAGGGAUCUGUACAUUUCAUUCAUAAAUACAUAAACCUCUACAUUUUCAUUCACUUUCUUCACCCGGUUGCUACAAGAGAGGCCGAAUAUUCAAUGUUAUGGUUGCUUAAAGGAACAAGCAGGUGAGCAAACCUGAUCACCAAGGGGGAAAAUAAAA